AUGGCCACAUCUCUCUUCCGGUCAACCUUGGGCUUUGUGUCCAACAUCUUCUCUUCCAUUGGCAUUUCCGAACACUCUACCACUGCCUCGACAGUCAAUGUGAACUCGGGUUCACAACAAAGAAAGAGAAAGGCAGCCGAUGACAGUGAAGACGAAGAAGACUAUAUACCAAGUUCAAAGAGACGCAGGCUUUAUAAGGGUCGACCAGACUUCAUUCCUUAUUCCAACCAAGAUGAUUCUGCACGUUUCACACCAAGUGUUUUCCCAAGACAAUCUGCCACAGCCCUAGCCAAAGCCGAACUUGACCGAGCAAUGAUGCCUCCGCCUGCAACACCCACUCAAGAUUUCGAUCAGUCAGGUGAAACGUACCAGAUCAGAGACGAUGAUGCAAUUUCCUUCACCACAACCGCAAUGAACAAGCGACGAGUCGAGGACAUGGAUGAAGAACAAAUGGAAGCCGCCCGCCGUCAUGCUGCUGCAAUACAACUCCCCGCCGAUUCUGGUACUUGGUCGGAAGCAGAACAAGAACUUUUCUUCCGCCUCGCAAAGCGAGGAUUCCAACCAUUGCUGCCUCAGAGCUGGAUGCUUGAUUUCGAUACGUUACCGUUGAGCAUAUUUGCCGACGAAGAGCUGUUGGAGCCACCUCUGAUUCAAAACAUGAGAGAUAAUCAGUUUAGAGCUGCUCAUGCGCUACGCAGACUUCUCGAGGCUGGUCAUGACGUUCGAGACAGAACUCAUGUGAGCCCUGGUGUGAGACGGGAAAAGAUUCUGGAACGUAUCGUGAAGAGAUAUCUACACUGGGCUUUGACAGAUGUGGGACUACGACCAAAAUCCCUAACCAACUAUCUGCCCACUCAUGUGAUUGUGACGCACCGCAAAGGUCGAUCAACUUUUCAGACACUGGAGGAAAUGGCCAACAAAUUGCACACUUUAGCCGAGAAACAUCGAAAGAGGGCAACAAAAAUUUAUCCAACUAUUGAGUCUGAAGAACCACAAGUCAUGUUCUCUGGUGAGCUCGACACAGCACAAGAAGUCCCCGAGUGUCCAACUCUGUUUGGGCUGGUCUUUAUUUCAUCCAUGCUUGCGAUCAUGACCUUGAGCCCAUUCACUGGUGAAAUCAAGAUCACAGGCAAUUCAAAGUCGCAAUCUAUUCCACCUUCCAUCUCUAAUGACUAUCUCCGGACGAUUGUCGAUCUGGAUUUCAGUCAAAAAGACCAAGACGUGUGGAAUUCUUUGGGCGUUGCAAUUGUUGCCAUGUCAAUUCGAAAUGAGGCAUUGAAGGUCAAUGCUUCGGACAUGACUAACGACGCUUGGGAUGGGGCAUCUAUCCUGACUUCAAGAUAUGGCGACGAUGAUAUGGAGAGUCUCAUCGGUGCUGGAGCCGAUCCAGAUCUUUGA